AUGUUGGGGAUCCCCAACAAUGUCAAGACCACUGUCUGCGAUACCCCACCCCGUGGCCUCAAGGUGGCAGUCACCUUCAUUGGAAAUAGCACAGACAUCCAGGAGCUUUACAAGUGCAUCUCAGAGCUGUUCACAGCCACGUUCCGGCGCAAAACCUUCCUCCACUGGUACACAGGUGAAGGCAUGGACGAGAUGGAGUUCACCGAAGCUGAGAGCAACAUGAACGACCUUGUCUCUGAGCAUCAGCAGUACCAGGAUGCCACCGCAGAAGAAGAGGAGGAUUUCGGUGAGGAGGCUGAAGAGGAGGCUUAA